AUGACAUUCUAUUCUUAUCUAUCUAUCUAUCUAUCUAUCUAUCUAUCUAUCUAUCUAUCUAUCUAUCUAUCUAUAUCUCUCUCAAUUAGUAUCUAUAUGCCUAUUAAUGUCAAUAUAUUCUUAUCUUUCUUUCUUUCUCUGUCUGUCUGUCUGGCUGUUUAUGUCACUCUAUUCUUAUUUAUCUAUCUAUCUAUCUAUCUAUCUAUCUAUCUAUCUAUCUAUCUAUCUAUUAAUCUUUAUCUGGCUGUUUAUGCCAUUUUUUCUCAUCUAGCUUAUCUCUUCUCUCUCUCUCUCUCUCUCUGGUUGUUUAUGCCACUUUAUUAUUAUUAUCUAUAUCUCUCUCUAUCGGUCUGUUUACGUCACUCUUCUUAUCUAUCUAUAUCUAUCUAUAUAUCAAUAUAUCUAUAUACGUCUCUGGCUGUUUAUGUCACUUUAUUCUUAUCUAUCUAUUUUUCUCUCACUCUAUCUAUCUGUCUGUUUAUGUCACUCUAUUCUUUAUCUAUCUAUCUAUCUAUCUAUCUAUCUAUCUAUCCCUCUCAUUCUUUCUCUCUUAUGAGAUUUAUCGCCCUUCUAUUCAUAUGCAAUGACAUUUUAUUAUUUUUCCUUUUUAAUACCUGA